AUGACGUUUGGGCAAUGGCGGAACUCAACUGAUCCGAAAGCCGCACCAGCUGAAGAAGGUCAGGGCGGCGGUGGGCAACAACAAACACAGGGUGCAGCCGGACGACCUGCCCAAGCUCAGGUACCUCAAGCUGGUGCUGAAGGAGACGCCGCGGCUGCACCCAGCGGCGGUGACGCUUCGAUCUGGCUCCCAGGGAGAGCAUGCGGCACGUCAAGAUCUGCGGAUACGACGUGCGUGCCAAGACGAGGAUCUGCUGCCCGGCCUUCGAUCGGCGCAUUUCGAGCUGCUGCCCUUCUCGGCGCUGGACGGAGGAUCUGCCCUGGGCUCGCCGCCAUGGCAGCCAGGGCAGCUGCUACUAUGGAGUUCACGCUGGCCAUUCGACUGGGUGCUCCCGGAGGGCGUGGCAGCGGAGGACUUGAGCAGGAAGAGGCCGGGAGGACUCGCCAUCAAUAA